AUGUCAGUGUUAACUCCUGAAAUAAAAUUUGAGACUUCUAAAGUCACCAGAAGGUCUCUGGAAAAUUGUUUUCUUUUUGAGAGUAAUUGGAAGAAAGCAGUUUUAGAAACACAAAAGAUGAGGAAAGAAUACAUUGGUUUAGAAGAGCCCAAAGAAUAUGUCAAAAUGCCGCAUUUGCCAGGAUUGCCAAAUUGUCAAAAGAGUGUAAGUGUAAGUUCAACUCCACUAGAGGUUCAUAAACACCUGCUGCAUGCCGACACGGAGAUGACCACAAUCAGAAUAAAGAAGACUAAGACAUGUACCAUGAUACCACUUCAGGAGAAAUCAAAAGGCUCUGGCUUCAGAGACCCUCUGGCAGGAGCAUCCUCUCAGUACUUACAAAGACUUUCCAGAAUGGCCAUACUGGAGUAUGAGACCAUUCGUCAGGAAACAAGCAAGAAAUCAAAAAAAGGCAAGAAACGAGACCUACCGGACUGCUGAUGGCUACUGUGGGGUGCUCUCUUCCCUGGUUUUGAAGAUUUACGUUUGCAGUUUUUCUUUCCUUCUUCUUUUUGAUAUGUGAUAUGAUGUACAGUUAUUU